AUGAUCCCCACCAACACAGAAUCCUUCGCUCCUCUUCACCCAGAGGCUCGCCCUGGCCACCGCAUCCUUGACAGGUUCGCGGACCGCAUAUCCUUCAGAAUAUCCCACCCAUCCAAAGCUGCCCAAGAGUUCCCUACCUGGGUGCAAGAUCUCAAGCGACAGAUGGCGGCGGAGUUCAACUCCCCGCACACAACAGUCUGCUUCUCCGAUGGCUCAUAUUCCCCUCACAACGGCAAGCAUGCAGGAUGCGCCAGCCUCAUCUUUCCCCCAAACAAUGCUCACCCUAUCAUCCGCAAACUAGCUUGCGGACACACAACAGCCUUCGAUGCCGAAAUAAUGGGCCUCACUAUAGCCCUACACCACGCAACCAUCACUCCGCACACCACCGAGAUCGUACUAUAUGCGGACAAUGAAGCCGCUCUCAAGUCCCUUCUAAACCCAACAGUACACCCGUCGCAGAUGUGCUCGCUUCUAGCGUGCCAGCGACUUAGGACAUGGUUCUCUGCAUCACCCGAGAGACAUCUGACAAUUGCAUGGUGUCCAGGCCACAGUGGCAUCCCGCAUCAGGAGGAAGCUGACGCCUUAGCCAAAUCUGCUCUUAAAGGCAAUCAUCCCGCAUUCACAUCCGCAUCCUUCCUUAAACAGAAAGCCUACACGUCCUUACUUGCUUCUUGGCAAUUACUUAUGACUUCGACAAAGUACAGUGGUCGAGAUUUUCCUAGACAACGAGCUUUCCGCAAAGUCUCGUCCACCAAAAGCCAACUCCUCCUAAUGGUCGGUGGUUCCAACUCACUAGCAGCACGCGCUGCACGUCUUAUCCUAAAUCACGGCCCCACAGGCGAAUAUCGUACAAAAUUCUUCCCCUAUGAGACGACUACAUGCAACUGGUGCCGAGAAACACAAACCCGGACCCACAUCCUCUUCUGGUGCACGCACUAUCAGCGUCCCCCCGAUUUCACAGUAGCUAAGUACCUUACAAGCAGGAACCCUCUUAGAGGGCUCAUACAAUUCCUACGCGACAACCCGUCUGCAUUCACCUUCGAAGAUGCCCCUCGCAAUGCGGAGGACCUCCUGCCCUAG